GUGUGGACUGAUAACAAUCCUCUUACCUAUAUUAUGACAAAACCCAAGCUCGACGCCUGCGAGCAACGCUGGGUCUCCAAACUCGCCCCUUACACAUUCGACCUGAAACACAUACCCGGCACCAAGAACAUAGUAGCUGAUGCCCUCAGCAGAGACCCCUUCACAAAAACAGUCAGUCACAGGCUCAUCACAGAACAGUACAGCCAUCUCCUCGCUGAAGCUGAGAACGUCAGUCACAAUGGUAUCCAAGACACCUUCCGGUUAAAGGUCCAGUGUCACCGGGUAAAGAAAUCAGGCUGCAGUGCUGUGGAGUCCCACCCUGGCCUUCUCAAGCAUCCCUGUGAUGCUGUGGAUGUUAAAGCUCUUUUGGAUGUUCAUGAUCAAUGGGAAACUGCUGCUGAGGCAAGAGCUGUGGAGUUCAUCCAAUCUGUUCAAGAUCUGCUGCCACCAGGGCAAGACACACUCCCUGUAUUCACACUGCAGGAUCUCCAGCGCAGCCAGGAACUUGAUCCCAUCAUUUCUACAGUUAUUCCAUUUGUCAUCCGUGGGAGGCGCCCUUCCAGACGCGAAAGAGCAGGGCUGAAUGCAAAAACCAUGGUGCUUGUCAAACAGUGGGACAGACUCAAGGUUCAAAAUGGUGUCCUCUACAGAGUUACCAGGGACAUCAUUAGUAAGCAGAAAAGACUGCAAUACAUUCUGCCAGAAAGCCUCAAAGAAAAAGCAUUACAUGGCAUACAUGAUGCUGCUGGACAUCAGGGGCAGGCAAGGACCCUGCAUCUCGCAAGGCAGCGGUUCUUUUGGCCAAAAAUGGAGUCUGACGUAAAGGAGUAUGUCAAAUGUUGCCAGAGGUGUAUUCUAGCCAAAACACCUGACCCCUCUGCUCGAGCCCCUCUCGAAAGCAUCAGAACGUCUGUUCCUAUGGAAUUAGUGUGUUUGGAUUUCUGGAGUGCCGAGGAUAGCAAGCAGCAUUCAGUGGAUGUUCUUGUCAUGACAGAUCAUUUCACCAAGUUAGCCCACGCUUUCCCCUGCCCAAAUCAGACUGCGAAACAAGUGGCUAAGAAGCUGUGGGAUCACGUCUUCUGUGUGUACGGAUUCCCUGAGCGUAUCCACUCCGAUCAGGGUACCAAUUUUGAAAGCGAGCUCAUAACUGAACUGCUCAGACUAUCCGGAGUCUUCAAGUCACACACUACAGCAUACCACCCCAUGGGAAAUGGAGGGACUGAGAGGUUCAACCGGACACUUGGAAGUAUGUUGCGAUCUCUUCCUCUAAAAGAGAAACACAAGUGGACACAACAGGUACACACGCUGACAUUUGCAUAUAAUGCGACAGUACAUGAAACCACAGGGUAUGCACCGUUUCAGCUUAUGUUUGGCCGAGUCCCAAGGCUCCCUGUAGAUGUAAUGUUCAAACAGGUGUUGCACGACCCGGUGGUUGUUGACCACAACAACUAUGUGAGAACACUCCUGUCACAUCUCCAUGAAGCAGCCAGUAUAGCCCAAAAACAUGCUAUCAAAGAACAAGACAAGCAAGCAAAGGGUUACAACAGAAAACUGAAAGGCGCUCACUUGAACAUAGGGGCCAGAGUACUUGUUGCAAAUAAAGGUGAAAGAGGAAAGAAAAAGCUCGCAGACAAAUGGAGUCCAACAGUGUACACGGUCAAAGACAGAAAUCUGAGAACACACACAUACAAGUUGGAGGACAGUGAAGGUAACAUAAAAGUAGUGCAUCGCAAUCUGGUGCUGGAUGUCAGUUUUCUGCCUAUGGAGUCAACUGAAGGGGAGUUGUGUGACGUCGAAUCAGAGGAAGGAGUUUGUGCAGCUAACUUCAUGGAGUCUUUCGAGGAAGAGGAUACAGAGGAAAGGACCAGCGCAUGGGCGAUGAGCACAUCAGAGGAUGCUCAGAGCCAGGAGAUUCUGAGCGAAAUACUGUCAGAAUCAGAUGAGUCAAGUCAAGGUGUCCCGGAGUUGGACUACGGGGAGCAGUCCAUUCGUGAUCAAACCCAGCGCCCAUCAGGGGAGCAGAGCUUCUCAGUAGGAGGCGAUGGCUUGGACAGCUUAGCUGCAAAACCUGACUCAAAUCAUCCACCUAUGUCGGAUGUACUCUCACAUGAACUGGAAACCUGCUCACACCCAGCAAACACAGGUGGCAACACAGCAACACAGUCGCGGGUGGGUGACUCAGUUCAUGACACAAGUACACAAAUGCACCUGCCUGCAGACAGAGAGCAUGUGGUCAGGACACGGGUUGGCAGGGUCAGUAAGAGGGUCAACAGACUCAUUGAAUCCAUGGUUCAAAAGCCGUUUGGCUUCAGGGAUUUGGCAAGUUCAGUUAGUAGAAGGUCCCAGUCGCUUCUCACACUGUUUUAAAGGGGCAAGCGUAUUUCUGUUUUUUUCUUGUACCUGUGAUUUUGUGAAUAUGCAUUUAAGGGACAUUGUGACCAAUGUAAAGCUUAAAAUGUAGAAUGUUUUAUGUAUUUGGAAUUGGUUGGUGAUCUGUAUGGUGUAAAAGGCAUCAUAUUAAUCUAAGAGGGACAAAGGUCUGAUCACCCUUAUGUUUUCUCUGAACCUAUACUUUAGGUAGCUCAAACAGCUGUUGGUAGAGCUUAGAGUUCUAUUGUGAGUCCCAGCCAGGUGUCAAAAUUUGGUCAGUAGUCCCAGUGCAGUUUAUUCAGAGGUAUGGUUUGGAUUUUGGUGAAAUCUAGGAGGGGAGGAUGUAACCGAUGUAUAUUUUUAGUAGGU